GAGCUCAAGGACAAGAUGAAGGAGCUGCUGCCCUUGAUGCCCGUCCUGGACCAGUACAAGUCAGACACGAGGCUGAUUGUGCACCUCAAGGAGGAGGUGAGGAACCUCUCCGGGAGCCUGCUGGCCAUCCAAGAGGAGAUGGGUGCCUACGACUACGAGGAGUCAUGAUCCCCGAUUCCCAUCCCUAACUCCAAGCUCUUUCCUGGCCCCAUUCCAGGCUGCGGGAAGCUGACGGGUGUCAGUAACCCCAUCACCAUCCGAGCAUCUGGCUCCCGCUUCGGGUCGUGGAUGACGGACACGAUGACGCCCAGCGCUGACACCCGGGGCUGGGACAUGGACGGGUACUACAACGGGCGCGAAUUCCGCACCUUGAACGACUUUGUGACGGGGCAGAACUUCGUGCAGCAUCUCCUGCCUCAUCCCUGGGCCGGCACCGGCCACGUGGUCUACAACGGCUCCCUCUACUACAACAAGUACCAGAGCAACAUCGCGGUGAAGUACCACUUCCGCUCCCGCAGCGUCCUGGUGCAGCGCAGCCUGGCCGGCGCCGGAACUAGCUUCGUCAUGAAAGCAUCAGCAAAUCCAUCCCCUUCCCAGGGCUCCGGCGCGGAUCGUGUUCACCGCAGAGCCCUGGUGCUGUGUCUGGACUUUCCUCCCAAGGGAAAACCAGCGGGAGCUCCAUAA